AUGCGUGCUUCACAGGACUUGCCCACGUUCUAUUUCGGAAACUGCAGUUUUGAACAGAACAGCGCCGAGUUUGGAGGUGCUUUGCAUGUAACGGGAAGCGGCACAGCAGACAUCAGGAAUUCCAGGUUCUUCAAGAACAGUGGCGGAACGUUUGGAGGUGUGCUCUAUGCAGAGAAAGAUGUUCUGGUCGAGAUUGGAAACUGCAGUCACGAGCGGAAUGAAGCCGACUACGGAGGAGCGAUAUACGCAACGGGAGACGUGAAAGCAAGCAUCAGGAACAGCAGCUUCGCCAAGAACCAAGCCGACGCGUGGGGAGGAGCCCUAUGCACCGAUGCAAAUGUCUCUGCUGAAAUUACGGAUUGCAGUUACGAACAGAACCACGCCAACGAAGGAGGAGCAAUAAACGCAAAGGCAAACGCUGCAACGGAUGUCACGAGCUGCCGUUUCACUGGGAACAGUGCCAACACAUCCGGAGGAGCAAUGUAUGCAAAG